AGGCCAGUUUCAUAAUGUCGUUUAACGAUAAUAAACCAUUUUGGUGUGAGUUUAUUGAACUUUAUAGGGAGCAACGAGCUUUAUGGGACAUAAAAAGUAAAAAUUAUUCCAACAAAAAUAUCAGAAAAGAAGGAUAUUCCGUUCUCGUUGAAAAAUGCAAGGAAGUUAAUCCGGAUUGCGACGAGAAAUUUGUCAAAUCCAAAAUCGAAACCUUGAGGGCAUCGUUCCGAAGAGAGCUGAAAAAGGUUGAAAAAUCAAAGAUUACCGGAAGUGGUCAGGAUGAUGUGUAUGAACCAUCUCUUUGGUAUUUUGAUUUACUGCUUUUCAUAACAGACCAAGAGGUAGUCAGGAAAGGUGUAUCUUCGAUCGGCAAAAGAUCCAGAAGUAUUGCGUCCCUUGAAGAAGAUGAAGAAGGAGUGGACGACGUGGAAGCGGAAACGCAGGACGAAAUAACCAAAGUAAGUGUCAGUUUAAUUGUUACCAAUUUACUGUUUAUUACUUUCGCUCAAGAUGACGUAUCUACAGGGAUACACGCUGAUAUACGCCCAUCACCAUCAAGUACACCAGUAAGUCGCCCAUCAGUAUCAAGUAGGUCUAACCCAGGAUCAACUACUCGAACAAACCGAAAAAAGAUAUCUGAUUUUGAAAAGAAACAAGAACGAUUUUUGGAUACAGCUACGUCUGUCCUAUGUAAUCAGAAUAAGUUCCGGGCUUUUGGAAACAACGUGGGCUUCCAACUGGAAGAUAUGGACCGUCAACAACAAGUAAUUGCAGAAAAGCUUAUAUCUGAUGUUUUGUUCCACGGUAAGUUAGGCAGUUUGAAAGCAUCUGCGGCCAUAUUGACAGAACAACAGCCAACCCAACGGAAUAUACCAUCACUUAACCAUUUUAUGGACACUAAUCAAAACAACAAUCCAUAUCCGUAUAGGCCGGCUGACGCUGAAUAUUUCUUACAAGAUCAAAAUUAUCAACAUCAGACAUUCAGUUUUGACCCAUAUUAUGUGCAAAGCCAAAUCAACCCUACUCAACAUCAGGUACAACGACAACAUCUACAACAACAAGUACAGCAAAAACAUGUACAGCAACAAAAAGUAGAUAUUUCACCUCAAACUGUACGUUGUCCUAAGAAUUUUUCUUUACCAGAACCUGCUCAAAGUCAAACGGCAGCAACUAAACCUACCGCAGGUCAAGCACUAGCGAUUCAAGAAAAAACUGCUCAACAAGAAGUUCGGAAUGAACUCAAACAGUAUUUGAAUCUACCCGGUGUCAGCGAGGACAAUGUAUAAUAAGUUGCUUUUUCAUCUUUGUUUGUUCGUUUUGUUUUAUAAUAGGCUAUUACAUUGACAACAGCAUCUUCUGUUACAGCUUUUUUUUUGUUAUUUGAUGACUUUAAAUUUGAUGUUUUUGAAAAGUUUAUAAAAGAUAGAUUUGAAAAUAAAUUUUUUUUCUGAAA